UCAAAUUAAAAGUCCACUCACUUCUUUAGCUGUCAAGUAGACGCUUUAAAAUGUUUGCAAAGUUCUACUCAAAAUUUAUUCUUAUCCUCCUCCUGGGCGAUGUGGAAUCUCAACUCUUUUUCCACGGCCCUUGCCCAACUCCGGCCCCCCUUCCCAACAUCAAUAUAACGAGGUACUCCGGAACCUGGUAUCUCUUUCAAACCUACACGUCCAGCGUUCCCCUCUUCUUCUCCUGCCAACUCGGCGAAUAUUUCCCACCAACGCCAAACGGCACUUGGAAUGGCGUCACAAGAAUGACGGAACGGUUGACGGGAUACAUCAUUUCAGUUCCGGGCACUGUCCAAUUCCUCAGCACGGAUGGCUCUGCCGUUUUUACUUCGGAUAACCACCUCUACUCUAAACAUUUGGAAAACGUUAGACUUAAUUCAACCUUGAGUCAAAGAAACUUUACAGUUAGAAUAGAUUACAUGGUGUUAGCCACGGAUUACACUUCCUACGCGGUAGAGUGGACCUGCCAUGAUUUCGGGAUUUCCAACUUCCAGUUCUUGUGGAUAUUCUCGCGCGGGGGGACGAUUUCUUCUAAUACCUUACAGAAUAUUAGACAAGUUUUGAAUCUACAGGGGAUUAAUACAGCCUGGUUAGAGGAUCAGGACUUGAGUGGGUGCCGCUUUGUGUAGCUUGAAUUUCAAUUUAUUCACAAUAAUUAGAUUUAUCAAUCAAAUAAAUUGCACCAAUAUUUGCACAGGAAAACCAAAUCUUAGGUGAAUUCCUACAACGUUUGUCUUCACACCAAUUUCAUACAAUAAAUAGUUCGAGAGUUAUCU